ACUUCCACUUCGGUUAUCAUUUUGAUUAGUGUCAUGUGAAUUAGCUCCUGAUUCUGAUUCCAACUGGAGAUAUUCCCGAUCGAUAGUCAUGGAGAAGAGGAUUCACAGUCUGAUAAGCUUUUGGAUUUUCCUGUCCUUCGUCACUGUUGAAUGUCUAGGAGAAGACUAUAGUAUAACGCAAAUAACUUCCAGCUCCGGAUUGUACUAUGAAAAAAUCGGAGAUGUGCUUUUGUCAAAUAACAAUUGGGAGUUUGUAACCUCAGUCGACUACGAUGGAUAUCUUGUUUUCUAUGAAUAUCUGCACACUCAGGCACAAGAACUCCACAAGUUUUGCCAGGAAUACAAAUCACAGUACUGCGAAGAGAGGUUCAGUAUAAUCAAAACUGGAUUGAACAGGAUAGACGAAACAGACGAAAAUAUGGCAAAUUUUCUCGGAAUCAAAACCGAAAACAGGCGAGUGAAAAGAUUCUGGAAUGAGAUAAAGAACGCCUUUUCAGCCAUAGGUAGAGGGAUCAUUACUGUUGCCAGAACAGUUUUCGGUGGUGGAAGUAACCAACCAAAUCUUGCCAUAUACGACCAACAAAUAGCAGGUCUACAAUCUGGUCAGAGAGAUCUGGAGAACAAGCUCAACCAACAGACAACACUAUUCCUAGUCGACGCUGAAAGGAAGAAUCAGCAAAUCCAGUGGUUGGAGAAAACUCAGGGGGAAAUACAAAACAGAAUCGGAUCUCUCGAGAACGAUUUCAAAAAGGAUGCAGCCGAGAAAGCGAAACAAAUAAAAGAACUGUCGAAUAUGUUAAACGAAACAAACAACAAACUGAAAGAGCAAGAGAAAAAACAGAAGAAAUUGGAAGGGGAUGUCGAAGGUAUCAAGAACAAAAUUCUGAAAAUAGACGAGCAGAUCAAAACUAUAAGUGAAGAUGUAGUGAAAAACACAAAGAGUAUCAAUGAACUAGAACUGAAAGUCAAACUGAACUCUCUGUCUAUAGAUUUUGGGUUUUUGAUGACUCAAUUCGAAACGGAACAGGCUAAAUUGUUUGAUGUCAUCAAGAAAGCUAAACAAGGCAGCUUAGAUCCUUACGUUUUGACUCCAUUGAAUUUGAUCGAGAUGCUUCAGGAAAUUCAAGGUCAUCUAAGUGAAGAUCAUCAGUUUCCUUUCUACCCUAGCAUCGAUAAUGCUCGUCAUCUGUAUAAGAUCAUCAAAAUCGACGUUUACUUCUACAAUAAUAAAAUUAUAUUCAUCAUGAAAAUACCACUUGUCAAUUACAAGAAAUUUGGGAUCCACAAAAUAACGAGUUUACCACUUCCUUACGCAUCUAAUAGAUUCAUUUUCAUUUUGCCACAAGAACCCUUCCUAAUUGUGGACAAUAGCUACCACGAAUAUCUUUUGAUGUCCCAUGAGAAGUUCAGAGCGUAUUGUGAGGAAAUUGUGGAUAAACGUUAUCUCUGUAGACAGGUAGAUCAGUUAUCUCGAUCUGAUUCUGAUGAUGAUUGCGAAAUGAAGCUGUUUUCGACUGCUUUGGUCAUACCGCAUUCUUGCAACAAGAGAGCGAUAGAAAUAAAACAAUCCAUAUUUCUUCAACUACAGAAAUCCAGAUCCUGGAUUUAUGCUGCAAAAACAAACGAAUCGGUUAUUAUUUCUUGUGCUGCUACUAGGAAAACAAUCGCCUUGCAGGGGAGCGGUUUCAUAAGUUUGUCAGAAAAUUGUACUGGUCGAACAACUGACUUGGUGCUAGUAUCUCUUCUUGAAUUCACAAAGCCUGUGCUUUCCAAUUAUUCAGCUUCAAUUAAUCUCAUAGAUUUCGUCGAUUCAUCGGAAGUUGAUUAUCAGCAGGUCAAAGGAAUCAAACGAGUAAAAAAAAUAAUUUCACCAUUCGAUUUUGAUACCUUAGAAAAGAAUAGCUUUCCACUUGUUGAAGCAACUGGAAGUUUGACGUGGCUUUACGUUGUUCUACCGUUGGCAAUAAUAAUAAUCCUAGCUACAGUUGGAUUUUUUGUUUAUAAAAAGAAGAUUGACGUGGGCACAAUUCUGACAAUAAUUUGGAAUGGAAUCCCAUUUCUGAAGAAAAAAUCUGUUGAAGAUCAAGAGGACCGACUUAAACUCAAAGUUAAAUUGCAAAAUAAGGAUGAGAAAAUCACCAAGAUAUCGAUGACAGAAGAUCCUAGCUCUAAUGACCCAGACGCAGAAUAUUUGACAGUGAGAUUCAAGGUCAAAAAGCAAAACAAAGAUGUAUCAACUUCAAGAAAUCAAAUAAACAUCAAUGAUAAAUAUUUACGGAUCAAUAGUGUUGAAAAAGUGGAAGAAGAUGAUGAUUAUUUGAAGGAAUUGAGAAAGUUGAAACCAAAUAAUAAAAACUGAAGUGCUACCUACUACAACUGAUAUCACACGACUCAUACUUUUAUACCUAGCAACAGGGGCGGAUCCAGGGGGAGAGGAUAGCAUGGGCCCUCCCUCGCGAACCUCAUAAAUAUGUAAAGAUGUAGGUAUAGUGGAUACCAGAAAAAAUCUGUAUAUGUUCUCAUAACCAUCCACCUGCAACCCACAUUAAAUAUCGAAUAGCAAUAAUUUCAAGAGAACUUUCUUCUUUUUCUAAAUAUAGACAAAUUUCUACAGUGUGAUCUAGAAUUUUUUCUGAAUACAGUGAUGUACAGUCGUAUUCAAAAAAAAGCGUACAAGUAUAUUGGAGGAAGAAAUUAACGUCAUCCUAUUUGCGUAAAACGGGCUAUCGGGAAAGAAUGUUUACCAAAUGUUGACAGUAGAGUAAUCAUAGGUUCUCAAAAACACAAAGCAUUGGCUGAACCAAUUUUACACAACGAGAACUAGAAUGCCGAAAUCUUCUAUGUUUAAUACUUGUACGCUUUUUUAUUGAAUACGACUAUACAUGACAAGAUGACUUUUGAAUAGAAUUAGUUGAAAUUGAAAAUUGAUGCUCAGUUGACAAGAAAUAAAUAUUUUCAUAAAAUUUUGGAAUGCAUCCGAGGAUCAUUAAAUAAUGUGAUAUAAAUAUCACUAGAAUGAAUGUCUUCAACAGAAAUACCAAUACUGAAGGAGGUAAGGUCCACUGGUUGAAAUUAAAAUGACUAAGAUAUGGCAAAGAUAAACUACAUUCCAUUUUCCAUAAAGAAAUUCAGAAUAAUGAAUUUUCAUUCCUUGAGAUAAAUAUC